UCGCUUCAAUUGCUUGAUGUAUGAUAUCCUGCCUCGCGUCAGUCGCGAUGAAUUGGGAUCGUUGACAGCUGAGCAGCAGGUAGAAACACGCAUGUCCGUCGAUCUGUGUGAGGAAAUGACCAUAAAUACGCAUGCAGACAUGCAGACAUGUAGCGGCAUUAAGUGAGUGAGUGAGCGAGUGUGUGUGUGUGUGUUGGCGAAACGAACGAGUGAGACCAAUUCGGUGGGACACCCGCGGCUGUCUGCACGUGUAUGCACUCGUGUGAAGCACGCAGGCAGGCAGGCAGGCCGCCAGCAAGUGGAGAGAGAACCUCGCUCUACAUCUACAGGACGUGUACCGUACCAUACGAGCUAACGUCACUUCACCUGCAUGGACAUCCGACUGGCCGAAGAAAUCAGCAAAAAGCAACGGCAGAUAGAGAUUGAUAUGGCGGCUGGGUAGAGCGAGAUAGACUCUGCAUAGAGGAGAGAAGGGGUUCGUCCAAAAGGUCCGCCCCGAUACGAAACGCAUGCUGACAGACUGAACCGCUGGCAGAGGCCUGUCAGACAGACAGACAGACAGACAGUGGGUGGACCACCGAUGCUUACAAAAGAGCCCUCCCUGGAGAGAGAUAGAGAGAGAGAGAUAGAGAGAGAGAGAGACGUGCGAGAAUCCGAGAUGCGAGAGUGUUCAAAUCAUUGCACAGACAGACAGAUGCUGCUGUCUGUCUGAGGAGAGAGAGUGCGAGAGCGACCGAGCGAGAGUGCACCUACAGGGGCGAGAGCACGAUAAGCACGACAUGGACGCUCCAUACGGACGGCAUGGAGGAUCGAAGAAAACGGAUGAUAUGAUAUGACAUGACAUGAUGUGAUAUGGUGGCUGUGGCUGUGUGCGUGUGUAUGUGUGGCGAGUGAGUCUCUACAUGUACUGGACCAGCCCACGAGGCACCAAACCAGGCAUGUACGCACAUUCAUAUGAUGCGACCAAAGGGGAUCUGCUGCACAGUAUCUACACAGUCAGGCAGGGAGGCCUCCUUUCAGCCUCCAUCCACAUCCACACACCCGCCCCCCGCGCCCCCCAAAAAAACCCACACAUAUGCACAUACACACGUGGCAGUGGCUGUCAGGAGCUAGCUGUCCAUCAGUCAGUCGACCACCUUAAAGAUAACCUCCACCAUAUCAUUCAGCGACGUCGUGGGGCUCUCCAGGAUGGCCGUCACAGUGUAGUCGCCUGGAAUUGCGCUCCACCGACGGACAGAGUCGCCGUCGUUGACUAACGGGAGCUGCUUUCCGCCGAGUGUUCCAGGUGGGAUGGGCGAUGUCUCGUUCGGGCCGGUGAGAGACCCGGUGAGAGACCAUGUGAUCAGAAUGGGCUCGACCUCUGUUUCAUUGGUGUGCAGGUCGAGCUUGGGCUCGAUGAUGUGUGCUUCGAGGGUGAAGUUGCUCAACUCGCUCAGUGACAGGACGGUGCCUGCGUGAUCAGCAACACGAAGAGACGAGAUGUGUAUGUGGAAAGGGUGCUCACCGUUUUCUAGCUCUUGAAUGGGCAUGCGAUCCAUGUCCACCACGUCAAUGCCACCCAACUCGUACUCUGACGACAGACACGCAGGACAACACACGCACGUACAGGACCGCUCCGUCUGUCGAUGUGAGGGCAUCCCGCCCCCCACUCUCAUGUCUCCUUCCCAUCUUACCGAUGAUCGAGCAGUCCUUCAGCCCCGACACCACCCCCUCCCCCAGCCCCUCCACUUUGUCAGUCCCCAUCCCCGGCUCCCGCUCCCUCGUGUGGAUAACGUAGCACUUGGGCGGCACUGCGUUAGCGAUGUCGCCUUGGACGUGAGUGAAGUAAUGGCAGGAGCUUAUCUCCUGACACGCUCCCUGGCAGUCCAGGGGUGUCUCUUUUGGUGCUGGAUACAACACGAGGGCGUUUAUGUCAUACAUGACGCCGGUCUCGAAGCACUCGCCGAGGCGUCUACGGCUGGCGGACGCAUAGGUGGGCUUGACGUUGGCUGCCGAGGGGAGGUGGAGAAAACCCGGUGCUGCCUUGUCUGCUGCACGCAGGGCUUGGAUCGCCGCUGAUGAUGCAAAACACACAGAGAGAUUUGGUGCGUCGGAGAGGCAGGAGAGCGAAUCGCACCUUCUGCUGUUGAUUGUGAGGAGAUGGUGUAUCCCUUGUCGUCUCCGUAGUCUUGCCCAUACACACUCAUGCCUUGCUUCGUCACCUCUGCAAACACGCACGCACACACACACCAUCAUUGCUCCAGUAUGCUGUGUGUGCCCGCCGCCGCACAGACUUGGCUGCGUAUGAUUGGCAUCGGCGACCUCGUCUUGCCUGGCUGGCGGGCCACCAAUCGUCACCACCUCAUCUGACCGAGACAGCAGACACACCACACCACAUCACAUGACACGCUUACUAGCAGCACGCAUCGCUUCGCACCGCACCUCCGUCUUCAUAGUAGCCGUCGUCUCUCCUCAGGUUGCUGUUGCCGCUGCUGGUGCUGCUGGUGGUGCUGGUGUCAGGGCUCUUGAGUGUGACCCCCGCAUACAGUGGCGUCAGCCCGAGACCUGACGCCGUCGCCUUCGCAGUCUUCGCCCGUCCCUCGUCUGGCGUCAGGACAUCGGCACCACCAGCGGCAGCACCCACAACACGCUGAGCACCAGCAGUGGCCUCAGCGGCCCUCCGCCUCUCCCUCUUCUCUCUCCUCUCGGCCUCUUCCCUUCGCUUCCUCUCCUUGACUUGUGCGAUCUUGGCCAUGAUGAUCUCCUCCUUAUCCCUGGUGGUGACGUCCGUCUUGCUGCUCGUCUUGCCCAGGGCAGUGCUCUCAGGGCCGUAGGCCUCCUCCUCGUAUGCACUCAGCACCGGGUCGUAUGACGAGCCGCUGCCGCCCGCCUCGGUGCACGACACCGUCAGCUUGAAAUAACCGCUCGAGUCUUUAUAUGCUCCAACGACCACGUACAUGGUGUCCGCGACUUCCAUCAUGAUCUUGGACUGCAGGGUGCCGCCCACGUCGUCGACGCACAUCUUGCCGGGCAUUGGGACAGCGCCUUGGUCAGGCUGGCAGACGGACGUCAUGCCCAGGAGCGAGUCCAUCGCUUUGCUCUCCUCGUUCAUGGUCGAGAUGGUCACUUCCUUGAUGCCGUCGACGCGCAGCUCGUAGAUGACCUGGUGGAUGUUGGGGCCGAACCUGCCACAGUUCUGGAGCCACCCCACCACACCGUUGCCCGUGUUGCCAACGUAAGACAUGUCGCACGAUAUGAACCCCGCAAACGCCUCAGACGGACACGCUGCACACCAGACACAACGAGAAAAGGCCAGUUCGCCGCCAUGGUCAUGCUCACCGUCAGUGCUCACUCACCAGAUGGCGACACCUGGUUCCUAGGGUCCACUGUGGAUGACGGCAUUGGUGUCGUGGUGCUCGUGGAUGGAGGAUUUGUGCUCGAGGAGCUCACGAGUGGAGACCCCGUCCCGGCCGCCCCACCGGGUGGGGGCGCCGUGGCAACGGCCAUCAUUGGAGGGAUGGAGGCCGUGUUUCCAGCACCAGUGGGAGUGGCGGUGGUGGGAGGCAGGGUGGUGGUUGAGGACAUGCCCUUGGUGGGUGUCGGCAUGGGCGUGGUGGACGAGCCAGAACCACCAUCGUCGCCAUCGAUACCCUGCGCGCCACACCAGACCAGGCAGAACAGGCACUGUUUGCAAACCGGCGGCUGGGUGGGGUGCGUGUAUGGCAUCUUCCUUCCGGUGUGUGUAUGUAUGCUGACGGUGAAUUGGACGUCGGUCUCGACGGCGUGCCAUUCGCUCAAUAUGAGGUACAACUUAGUAUACCUCUCCUCACCCUGUCAGUCAGACACACACAGCACCGCAAGCGAACACACACACACAGAGGGAGAGGGAGAGAGAGAGGGAGAGAGAGAGGGAGAGAGGGAGAGAGAGAGAGAGAGAGAGACGGGAGAAACGAAGAUGCCAAUCCAUCCAUCCAUCCAUCUUCCAUCCGUGAUAUCGCCCGGCCCCAUGCCUGCAUACCGUGAUAGAGGUGAGCCUGAGGUAGAGCGGCAAAGAGAAGCCGUCAUUGGGAAAUGGAUGUCGGCCCACUAUCUCGUCAGCGUCGCACAAGAAAACGGGCCACUCCUUCCAGGGGCAGUUGAGCCACGUGUCCGUCGGCUCGUAAUAUAUCUCGAGCUUCCACACCGGCACUAUGAAGUUCCGGUGCUGGAACUGCAUUGCAACAUCACACACGCAAAGCAUUGAGAUCGAUCUGUGUGUGUGUGUGUGUGCGUGUGUGUGUCUGUGUGUGUGUGUCUUUGUCUUUACUUGAAGCUUGUAAGUGUUCUCUUCUCCCGCGAAUGCGAGAUGGAUUGUGCUGCUCGUUGUGCAGUCCACAGCCUUCCAGCUCGCCUGCAAGCACGAAACACACAACACACACACACACACACAGAAGUGCACAGAUGCUGAGGUCCUUCACGCACUCGGUCACUCAGCCACUUACAUGAUAGAGCCCCUCGUGGUUGUCGUCCAUAAUGGCUAUCUCGUGCGCAUCGCAGUGCUUGCACCUGCACACAAACAACACCGGACACACCAGCCACAAAGGCACCACACCACAGAUAUCUUCUGUCGUCUGACUGAGUGAGUGUGUGGAUGGUGACUUACACGCCAAUCACAUAGAGCUUGAACUUUUCCGUCAAGCUGGGGCCUGUGCCGCUUCCCUGGCCGUUGUGCUCGACCUGACCAUUCGUCCACACACACACAGAUAAGAAACCCAACAACACACCUCUCUCUGUCUGUCUGUCUGUCUGUGUACCUCGAUGCACAUGCCGCAUGUGCGUGCGUGGAGGUAGUGCAUCUCGGGUAGCGCCACAUAGCCGUCUAUAUCCUCGAAUGCCGUGUCGGGCAGCUCCUCAAGAGGCAAAUGGUGACACGAACCAGUAUCGCCUAAACACACACACACACACACACACACAUCUGUGAGUGAAUCAACCACACCCACAACAACAACCACAACCACCACAAGCACAACACAAUCAGGCAGGCGUGUGUCAAUCAGCGCACCGCUGGUGAGUUUGUAGUAGCUGGCCAUGCCCUCUUUAUACGUGGCGUACAGUCCAACGACGUCUUCCUGGCUGACCUCGUCCAGCCCACUGACGAGCGGCAGAGCCACGUGGACGGCCAUCACACCCAGGAGGACUGCCGCCCUCAUCGCUCGCCGCCGCUGCCUCGCUCUGAUUUGAUCUGCAGCUCUCCUGUGCAAUGCCGGUUGCUGCUGUUGCCCGCGGAACGCCACGCAGUCUGCCGAGUCCUCCCUCACCCCUCCAGGGCACCGCAG